CCUAGCGGCCGCCGGGCCGCACCGCGCCUCAGCGCGGCUGUUGGGCGGGCCGCGCCGGGCCGGGCCGGGGCGUGAGGAGGCUGCGGCGAAAACGCGUUCCCCCCUCCCCAGCCCGCGGGUGGGUGUCGGCGAUGAAAUUCCCGGGCUCCGUCCUCGUCUCCCUCGUCCUCUUCGUGGCCGAGACGGCGGCCGCCCUGUGCCUGAGCGGGGCGUACCGGGCGGCGGGGGACCGCAUGUGGCAGUGGCUGACGCUGCUCUUCGCUCUCCUGCCCUGCGCCCUGGUGCAGCUCAGCCUGGUCUUCAUCCACCGCGAUGUCAGCCGCGACCGCCCGCUGGUGCUGCUGCUGCACCUCCUGCAGCUCGGGCCCAUCGUCAGGUGUGUGGAAGUCUUUUACAUUUACUUCCGUGCUGGUAGAGUUGAAGAGCCCUAUGUCAGCAUCACGAAGAAGAGGCAGAUGCCCAAGGAUGGGUACUCGGAAGAAAUUGAGAAGGAAGUGGGUCAGGCUGAAGGCAAGCUGUGUACGCACAGGUCUGCGUUCAGCAGGGCAUCUGUGAUCCAGGCAUUCCUCGGCUCAGCACCCCAGCUCACGCUCCAGCUCUACAUCUGUGUCCUGCAGCAGGAGAUCACGGCUGCCAGAAGUAUUUUUAUGGUCCUUUCUCUCCUGUCCAUUGUAUAUGGGGCCUUACGCUGCAACAUCCUAGCUAUUAAGAUUAAGUAUGAUGAUUAUGACAUCAGCGUGAAACCAGCUGCCUACCUCUGCAUAUUCAUGUGGAGAAGCUUUGAGAUCGCUACGCGAGUUACAGUGUUGGUCCUUUUCAGUUCAGUCCUUCAAAUCUGGAUUCUCCCCGUUGUGCUCGUGAAUUUCUUUGGUUUUUUCUUCUACCCAUGGAUUCUCUUCUGGCAAAGCAAGUCCCCAUUUCCCGAGAACAUAGAGAAGGCAUUGAGCAGGGUCGGCACCACCAUCGUCUUGUGCCUUCUCACCUUCUUGUAUGCUGGCAUUAACAUGUUCUGCUGGUCGGCAGUGCAGGUGAAGCUCAAUGAUCCUGACUUAAUUAACAAAUCCCAAAACUGGUACCGACUGACAGUGUAUUACAUGUUGCGAUUCAUCGAGAACGCGUUCCUCCUGCUGAUGUGGUACAUCUAUAAAACCGAUGUCUACCUGUAUGUCUGCGCCCCGUUGUUGGUCUUGCAGCUCCUGAUAAGUUACUGCAUGGCUGUCCUCUUCAUGUUGGUGUUCUACCAGUUUUGCCACCCAUGCAAAAAGCUUUUCUCAUCCAGCAUUUCCGAAGGUUUGCUGUCCUGUUUCAAGUUCCUCUGCUUUAUUUGCAAGCCUCCCACAUCCACCAUACUGACAGACAAGGCGGAGGUGAAAUGUCCUGAAAAUAUUGAUGAAGUACGGAGCAGUAGCAAGACAAUAGAUUCUCAAAAGGGGAUUUCUCAUCAAAGUGUUUCUUCCAAUGCCUAAUACAACUGGAAGCAAGUAGGUGCCUUUGGAAGGUGGCAGAUCACCUGCUGGGAACGUUGUGUAUAUUGGACAUAGUGUCUUGUGGAUGCGAUUUCUUUCUUGCAGGUGCAGCGCUGCACGACAACUGACAAGCGCAUCUUUGUGGAAAACUUAGUGUCUGAGUAUGUGUAUCUGGUGUGCGUUUGUACAUGGAGAGCAAUCAUUGUUUGGAGACUUCUGUUUCAGAGUUUUUUGCACAUAGGUUUAUUAUCACAUGCGUAUUUUGAAAUCAUUAUAGGAGACAUCCUUCAAAAACUGGCCUGAUGCUCAUCUUACUCAGGAAAUCUGAGGAUGGAAGGAAAUGCAUUUUAUUUCAGAUAGGAUGUCAUUACAGCAUGCCACCCUAGCAUGGAAACAGGGCAUAGACCUUGACUAUACAUAAUGACUGUAGCUGUGGUCUGCUUUGAUCAAAUUGCAGUUUUUUACACUCUAAUCAGUGUAAUAAGAUAAUACUUCUCUCUGUGGUAUUAGAAUUGGACUUCUACAAUGCACUGUAGUCUGGGUUGCCGAGAAACAGACAAUUAGCCAGCACUAAUACUGAAAUGUGACUGUUACUGAGAGCGGACAGAGGGCUAUUUGUUUUGCACUGUUUUACCCUUCAUAUUUGCUGCUUGUUAGUAAGGGUAUUAAAUUUAACACAUUAAUUGUGAUGUUCUGAAAUAGCUCGUUUUUCUGACUUCAUCAUUUAUCUAAUUCUUUGUGAUGUUCUGCUAUUAGGGUGGUGUUCACUUUCUAUAUCUAGAGGUUGGGCAGAUAGUGUGAACUAAUCAUGUAGGUGCUCUCCAGAGCGCAUCUCCAGGGAGUAAUUGAACCCAUUGUAAAAUGUGCUCUAAGGGCAGGUGAUACGAAUCGUUCUCUGGAGACCUAUUACUCAGUGUUAACCAGAUGCCUUGACAAUUAGUUUUGACUAUCCGUCUCCCUUUUAGAUGGCUGAAGUUAAGAGGUGAUGAGCACUACCCUGAUUGUCAGGGGGUUUGUAGUACACCAACCAGGCAGCUCAGUGACUUGUUACAUGGGGACAGAAGACACCGAGUCCUUCUUUUUGAGGCGGUGAUACGUUAUCGUUAGUUUAAUAUCAGUAGUUCAAAACCCUCUGACUACCUCAGAAGUACCACAGGCUUGAAAUCAGAAAGAGAUAAAUGGAAGUCGUUGACUUUUUCUUCUAUGCACUAUAUCACCACAAAUAAAAGUAUCUCAGUGUUUUACAAGUUGCUGAGAAAGCUUUAGCAGAUGAAUACCCAAGAAUUUAGUGGAAAUACACAAAAACAACUGUCUUCUCAAAAAUUAAGUGAAAGCUUCUUGCACUUUAUUUGCUUAGCACCUUGCAUUUCUUUUGAGUAUUAGACAUUAUGGCUGCUAGUGGAAACAAAUAACUCAUAACCCAAAGCACCUCCUAGUGUCCUAAGCUUAGUCUCCAUCCUGUCACCAUGGAGGAUGUGAAGUUCUUCAGUAGGGAUGACAUCAGCAUCAUUGUAUUAGAAGUGUCUCAAGUUUGGGUCACUUAUAAUGAAAUAUGUCACAUGCAAUGCUGCAAAGAGCUAAGGUGCUUUUAUUUUUUUCUUUACUGCACUGUAAAUAAAUGUCUUCAUACUUCAGUUUUAUAAUGGAA